ACUGUAAUCGAACGCAGCAUCGCUAACGAAAGUGUUUGAUAUUCGAAUUCAUAUUUACUAUAAUAUUUUAAACUCUAACCUAAAAGCAUCAUUCAGAAAAAACACUAAAAAUAAACAAAAUGGUUAGAAAACGAUCUAAAGGGGCAAAAAGACAUUAUGAAAGUGAUGAUGAACCAGAAACGGAGUCAGAUUUUGAUGAUGAUCCUAUUUACGAACCAGCACCUAAGAAAUAUAGUUUAAGACAAAGAAAAAAAACUACUUUUAAUUCGGACGAUUGGCAUUAUGAGGAAGAUAUACCCAUUGAAGAUCCAGAAGCUACUGACCAGGAAGAAUUCAAAGAUUUGCAGAACAAACCUAAAGUAGAUGAGGCCGCAGAUAGUGAAUAUGUUGAUGAUUCUACUUAUAUAAAUACUGUUGAACCUGCUGCAGACAAACCAAUAGAAAAUGAUGAAGAACUGGUAGAUUUUGAAGAUAUGAUCCGAGCAGAUAUAGUAGUGAAUAAAAAUAGGAUUGAUUAUGAUAAUGUUAUACAGAAAACUGAAAUUAAAGUACAGCCAUUACCAGAAGGAGAGAAAGAGAUCACAAAAACAAAGUCAGUAAAACCACUACCACCUAUCAAACCUAAAGGUAAAAGAGGAAGAAAACCUAAGCGUAAACCUUGUGAACCAGAAGAACCUCAGUAUUUUGCUCCUCAGAUACAAGAAGAUGAAAAUGAUGAAGAUUAUCACCCUUAUAAACCCAAACGUACAAGAAAACCAAAAAAACGCCCAGCGGGGGAGAUUGAUAGCAGUCUACUUGAUGGUUUUGAACAUGAUGAUGAAUUUGAGGAUCAGAAUGAUAGAGACUAUGACCCUGAAGAUGAUUUAUUAGAUAUGGAUUAUCCUGGUCUCUCUAACUUUAUUUUGAACAAACAAAUUAGUGAUGAUCUUGAAGAAAGUGUACAUAAUAUAGUAUCAAAUAAUGAAGCAGCUAUUACUGAAAGUACAUCAAAACCCAAUUCUUCAGUUGAUGCAAUUUCUUCAGAUAGCACUGAACCCAUUACCAAAAUUGUUAAUAAUACUGCCUCAUGUCAAGAGACACCAUCUUCUUCAGAUCUAAAUACUAAUGAUGCAAUUGUUGUUUCAAGACAAGAUGCAGAUACUACCUCAGUUGCUGCAAUGGCAGACACAACAGAAGUUUCAGAACCAACCCAAGACAUACGAGCUUCUGACGAUAACACUGAAUCAGAACUGAUUACUGAGAAGAAAAUUGAAGAUACCUCUGAAGAGUCAAAUAAAAUUGAAGAAGCGAAGGGAAGCCCAGUUUUGGAAAAAGUGUCAUCUACUUCCCACGAAUCGGUUAUAAAAGUUAAUGAAAACUGCAUUACCAGCGAUCUACAAAUUAAUGGCAGUGUCAAACAUAUACAAGUUCCAGAGGAAAGCACUAUAAAAACAGAAGAUAGAGAAGAUGACGAUGACAUUGUAUUUAUAGAAGAAAAGAAAUAUGAAAUUAUCGUUUUAGAUGAUUGAAGUUUUCAUAGUUAUUUUAGACUGAGUAUUACAAAUCCCGAGAUUGUAAUUUUAAAUUGUUUGCAGAUUUAUUUUGUGAUAAAGUUGUUUUGUCGUAGAUUUGCCAAUUUGCAUUUAAAGACUAAAGUAUUUUUUAGGAAACCUGCCAUGUAAAUAGAAAGCAAAAUUUUACUAAAAUUCCUGCCCAUUGGAACAAUUACGUCGAUCGUCUAUUUGCAAAAUUUACUUUUCAUCAGAGUUCAACACAUAGAAUUUUUCCUAAAGUGCCAUAUUUCUUUUCUACUCCCCUCAUUUAUUUUCUAACUCACUCACUUCUCAUGAAGGAAGCCUUAGGCAAAUAAAGGUAUGAACUUCCUUUUCAUGUUGAUAUACAAACAAUUCAGUGAAAGACUUUAGUUCUUUAAUACAAAAUGGAAAAUCUUUGACUAAGUUAGUUUACCUUAAUUUAAUAUACUAAAGAGUUGGGAAUAUUGUAAAAAAAUUUAGGUUAAGGUAUAUAUAUUAUAUCACUCAGAUAAUUUAAUGAAAAUUCAAGUAUCAGAGAUACUUUUAGUUGAAAAUUACCAAUUUUUAAGAUGUAUUUUGUAUAAAUAUGAUUUUAUACAUUAUGUUGGGUGUUAAACAACAUAUGUUUUAAAUUAUUUGUAAAGUUCUGAUUAAAAAAAGGGGGAAAAUGAACUUGGUUUUACGAAGGAAUUACUUGGAGAAGGACUUGUAAUAAUUUUGUUUAAUUAUGUCCGUGAUUAUUUUCCAGUAAAAUAGUUAAAAAAUA